AUGUCUCUUCGACUACCAAUACAACCGGCAACGAACAACAUCAUGGAGCACUACGAGCAAGACGGCGACGACGAAGGCUAUGGCCCCGUCGCAGGCCCCUCAACGCACGCCCUCCAGGCCAUUACAGCCGAGCUCGAGCAGCUCACCAUUAGCCAAGCCCCGACGCCUGCCACCGGCACGAGGAAGCCCCUGCAGGCCGAGGAGAAACGCUACCACGUCCACGAGACCCCGCAGCGCCAGAGCAGCGGCAACCGCUUUUGGGUCGUGGGCGACCCCGCACAGCCCACCUCAGCAGGCGCGGGCAAGCCAGCAGCAGGAGCAGCAGCAACUACGCCCCCGCGCCGUCCCCCCGCGCUCUCAGUCCUGACGGCCACCGAGUUCGCCGAGCUCCGCACCACCCUGCAGCGUGCGUACCUCCCCGGCGCGGGCGGCAUGAUCGCCGCCGAGGUCGCCAAGCUAGCGCACUUCACCGAGUCGGGGCGCCACGCUGGGCGGUUCGUCGGCGUGCGCGUGCCCGCAUGCGUGGCUGCCAACGGGCCAGUCGUCCUAGGCCAGCAGCUCUGCCGCGUGCUAGGAUACCUCGACCGCCUGGUAGCGUCUACCGUCGCGUUCGACCCGCCACAGCAGGCGCUGGGGAUAGUCAAGGCGUCGCUGGCGACGUGUAUCCCCCUCGCUGCUGCCGAGGAGGCCGAGCGCGGGAGCUGGAUGGACUGGGCAGCAGAGAGGAACAUCCGCACCCUGAUCAUAGGGCAACUCCUCCACCCGCAGACGCAGCAUGCCGCCGACACUUUCACCCACCUCGCCCUCGGCAUCAGCGGGAUGUGCACCCGCUCCAUGAUUGGUCGCGACGGGAAGAAGUGGUUUGUGACAUUGCUUCCUGGCCUCGAGAGUCACCGCGGGCGCCGCGUGCCGGGCGAGGUGGGGCGACCGCUGCCGCCAAAGGUGGUGGCUGCGAGGCUGGCUGAACAGAAUCGCUUGGCGAAUGCGAGUCAAGCAGCUGGCGGGUCGGCCACUCCAGCUCCGCAGCCACGUCGUCGUCGCGUUCGUGCCAUUGCCAAGAAGACGGACGAGGCGGGAGAGAAGCAGCCUGGGGCCGGUUCGGAAGGAACGCACGAAGGGACUGCGCCGGAUGCCGCGAGUGCCACCGCCCCCACCGUCGAGGUUGACCAAAAUGUUCCAUCUGCGACCGACGCCACGUCGAAUCACACUGUCGCCCCCGAACCUAUGCUCCAAGACGACAAGGAGAACGAAGCUGAUGACGAGGACGACAAUGACGACGAGCGGACCCUGCUAGACCAUGCCGACGACGGAGGCGUCCAGCUCGGACCAAUCGCUCACACACCUGCGAGGAGCCCCCGGACACCGUACGCCGCCAAUAUCGACGACGCCCAGCCCGUUUCGCGGCCAGGGAGCACAACAAGCUCGGAGCUCGGCUCACCGCGCCCCCUGUCUCCAUUGACGGACCUGAGCGAGAGCUCGAGCGACGGGGCGGGUUCCCGGCCUUUGGCGCUCAUGCGGCGCUUGAACAGUUCAACCGGCACGUCCCCACCAAGGAGCUCGUCCGGCGCUUCUGUGCCACUGGCAUACGUGCGCCGUCGUAAUUCCAACCCUCGUAACGAUGGGGGAACGGCGGGUGUCGACAACGAUGCGGCUUUGUCUGCCGACCAUGAGGCAUCCGACCAUUCGACCACGAGCUCCAUUUUAAGCUCGACGACGUCCAGCCCCAGUUCUUACGGCAAGCCUGUCAAUGGUGACGGUCAUCUAAGCAGCGUCGGCAUGAACAGUGAGAGUGAAGACGUUCCCCUUGCUGUUGUACGACGCCGCACCUCGACCGCGAAGAGCCCGGGCCAUCUGAGAAGCAGCAGCGUUGACGUACCGCUGGCUGAGGUGCGCCGGAGGACAACUUCUGCCGAGAGCAAGGACAACGGCCCCGCACGCGCUCCACCCAAGCACUUUAGGACCUCCAGCAGUCGCAACCACGCCAACAAGAGAAGAAGCCUCGGCAGCACUAGCGAAGACGAACCACUCGCCCUCGCGCGUGCCCUGGAGAAGCGCUUCCGCAUUGCCGACAACGACAUGGGUCACGGGGGAUCAUCGGCCAUUCCCCCGCUCCCCAAGAGGCGUGCUGAAUCUGUGAGCCUGGAGAAGCCAGUCUCCAAGAUCCGUGCGCAGCGGCGACAGUCCCGCGCGGCCGGCAUCAAGAGCGCCGAGGAAAAGCCCGUACUGCCGACUCAGUCCCGCAGGACGAGCCGCCGCGUAGGUGCCGCCCCUACACUUCGAGCACCAUUCGACAUGGACACCAGUAGUGAUGACCAAAGGGUCCCGCUCUCACUUGCCCUACGCCGCCGCUACGCGAAUAGCACCAGCGAGGAUGAGCCGCUCGGCUCGGGCACACAUGCGCGCAAACGCUCCAUCUCGAGCAGCAGCGGCGACAAUGAACCCCUCUCGACGCAGUUGCGCAAGUGGCGCAAGAAGCAGCGCAGGACGAACCCCGAGGUAUGA